CUGGGGGACCCCUUGGCGGCUGGUUUCUCUGGGCCUUGGCUGCAGCAGGCACCUUCCCGGGGCCCCAGCUGUGCGAGGCUGCACAGGGUGUUCCUUUUCCAACUGCAGACCAACCCACCCGACAGGUUUGCUGAUGAGCGAGCGCCCAGGUCCCAGGCCAAGAGGUGUGAGCGGCAGGCACUAGGCAUUCCAGCCUCGGCUGCAGCUCUGCCAGCAGCCUCGCCGUGGCUCUCGGAAGUGCAGUCCCAACUUCAGGACCAAGCAGGGAAGGACCUGGAGUACGAAGCCCCUUGGAGCCCCAGAAGGACUCUGAGCAACGAUGAAAGGGUUGCCCUGCCCCUGCCUGUGCCCUGCCCACUUCUGGCUGCUGGGGUCCUGCUUCAUGGCUGAGGGCUCGGGGGCUCGGGCCCUGGGGAAAAGGCCCCCUCCCAGCAUCCAGCUCCUGCGGGCCCAGUACCAAGACCUGAGGCAGCAGCAGAGGGCCCAGGCGCACUUCGUGGUGCUCCCGAAAGGAGGGAACACGUCUGCUCCUGCUGAAUCCAUGGUCAGUGCUGUUUGGAUUAACAAGGAGAGGAGGCACUCACUGUCCCAGGACAAGGUGGACGCUGAGGCAGCGGGGAUGCUGGAGGAGGCGGACAGUGGCUAUCUGCAGGUCCCCCGGUCUCCAUGGCACACGCACCUACAGAUGUACUGCUCGGUCCAAACCUUCCACCAGGACGCCGGCCAGCAAGUCAAACACCAAGGCAUGUUCCCGGGCUCUGAGCAAAGGCUUCCCCAGGAGAGAGACUCGGGCUUGUUGGAAAGCAAGCAGGUGGCUCAGCAAGAGACCACGACCCCAGAGGCAGCCCAGCAUGAAUAUCAAGUAGACCAUCCCCAAACACAGACAGUGGGGUCCGGCUUCCACAACGGCCUUCAGGGUCCUUCCUCCAUCAAGAACCCACAACGGCCUGGAAAACCAGCGCACUAUCCAUUUCCCCAGAGGAAAGCGCCCAGGAUCUCCCAAGCUGCCCGGAACCUGGGCUUAUAUGGCCCCUUCUGAGGCUUUCUCCUCAGCCAGAUGUCCCAGCCUUGAGGCCAGCUCUGGUCUCAUCACAGAACCCGGAGGCAGAGCCACCAGGGGGACCCCUCGCUAUCAGCAGAACUGGGCUACCUCCCUGGUAGGGAUUGUGGGAAAUGAACUUCACAGUGGGCACAUGGUCUUGUCCUUCAGAAAAGAAGAGCUUGCCCAGAGCAGAUGGCUCACAGUUCAGGAUGAGAGAGCACUGUCUGACCCACGCAGCCCGUUCUGCUCACACAGGAAGACAUUGCUACGUUGCUGGGGAGCCCUGGAGGCCCGUUCCUUAGGGAGGUCCAGUAGGACACCUGCUCAGUCCCUAGAACCAGGGAACCAGUUUGAAACAUAAAACAGGGACCCUGGCCAAUGGGAUGCCCUAGCAGUGCCCCAGAGUCAACGAACGUGGACAAUCUGGUUUCCAAUAUCUUCUGGUGAUUUCUCACAUGUUCUGGAGAAGAUGGGCUCUGAGGAUUGGCUUUUUCUGGUUGCUCUGCCUGGAGGCCAGCUCACUUACAAGUCACUACGUUCACUGUAGUGACCACACCAUUUCAGCUUGAGCUUCCCAAAGUAUGGUCACCCUGGGUAAAGAGGAGCGGAACAAUGCCACCUGCCACUUGUGUUUGAGGGGUCUUGGGAAGGGUGGUCACCUCUCACCUCUCACCGAGACUGCACAUUCCAGUGUCUCACAGAUUUACUUCCUCCUGUCCUCCCCUUCCUCACUCCCUUUUCCCUCCUUCUCCCUCC